AUGACGUACAGUGCAGUAGCGUGUAGUGCGGUGAAAUUUCUUGAAACCGGAGUACUAUCAGCUGGAAAAAAGCGUGAUGCAAAUACAGUAUCGAAUUGAUUGACAGAUAUUGCCGGUUUAAUGAUAUUCUAACACAUUUCGAGAUCAGUCUUCCAUUUAAAACAGUUCUAGUCCAACACAGACUUGAUAAUGCUUAAGAAAAGACUUCAAGCUUUAGGUUACGUAGAAUGGGAAAAAGUUAACGUAAACGAUUCACAACACUUUCGCAAGGUAAUAGUCUGGUUAGAGGACCAAAAGAUACGUCAGUACGAUAUACAAGAUCGGAAGCAAUUAAGAGACUUGAAAAGUGACACAUGGCCGAAAAUCUUUGCCAAAUAUUGUGAAGAUGUUAAAUGUCCAAUUACAAAUAACACCUUAGAUCAACUUGAGUGGUUAGUUGGACAUGCCAUCUGGUUGGAAAUGGAAAAUAAUAAUGAAUCAUAUUCGGAAAAUGUAAAAGAGAUGAAAUUAAAAGCCAAGAAAGAAGCAAUGAUGCCCAAGUUUAAAUCCAAAAAUCCACUUGACAAUUUAGACUUUGAGAGCGUUGAGUUUAAGAAAGGAGUAUAUUCUCUGGCAAAAAUCCUUCGAAUUCCGGAGCAUCCGAAUCACUUGAUUACGUUGAAGGCCUGCAGUAAAUUGGUCCAAAAGAGAUUAAAAACCGAGUGCCUACGAAAUCCAAAUUCUAAAAUUCUUAAAGGAAAACCGUUCCCUAUAAUGGAUAUUGCUCCUGGAUUUGGCUUGAGCAAACCUGCUCUCGACAAUGGAGCUAAACUGUUAGCUCUACUUUAUAUUCAGGAUAUUAGAAAUCUUCAAACAAAGAUUAACGAAGUAAUUGUUCGUGUACAAAACAUCACUGCUAAUCCGAAAACGGAUACCAAGUUAGGAAAAGUUGGAAAAUAAAUAGUUAAAGAUCAUGAUAAUCAACAAAACGUUUGAAAUAUGUUAUUAAAACAUGAGAAACACAUGCGAAAUCAUUAAAUCUUCAAAAUACUCUUUAAUCUUCUGAUAAAAUAUUUACUCUGAAUUAACAGAAGGCGAUAGUGAUUAUUAAUUUAUAAUUUUGUAUUAAGACUUGUAAAAAAUGUAACUGAAUUUACUACGAUAUUAUCUAGUUUUUACAGUUUAUUCAUAUCUAUUUAUUACUUCAUUAUUAAUGAUCAUGGAGAAUCGGAUAGAAAUGUGUAACAAUAUUUUGCUUCAACAUUGUCUAUUUCAUAGUGGUAAGAUGAAAGAGUUGUUUAUAAAUUGCCAGGUAUACGUAUUUGUAUCAUCAUUGAAAUAAAAUAUCAAUUGAAA